AUGAUGAGGGCCAAUGACUGCUUCAAUUUGGAUGAAUGGCUAGAUUCUUUGUACCUUGGCCACAGUGAUUACAUAUUUCGAUACUCUACGACUAUGACUAACCCAGGAAAAAAGUCUUAUAAGUGCUUCCUCUAUCCUCGGAGAACAAAACAGACAGACAGAUAUGCUAUUUCCAAGAGUCACAGAUCUGUGGUUACCAGAUUAUCUGGAAGAACACCUAGUGAGGAAGAUUUUCUGUGCAACAAGUGCCGCCAUAUAUGCAAGUCUAAUAUGCAGGGAUCUAAGAAAGGAAAAAACAAACUUCUGACAUCUACAUCUCAACCAUCGUCUUCAACGCCUGCUAGUUCUCCUUCAGUACAGCUACCAUUUCCCAGCACAGCGAGAGGCCACUCUUCCUGCUGUAUAUGUAAGAGACCUGGACCAAAACUCAUUGUUGUUCCUGUUGACAUAAGGCAUCAAGUAUUUAUUUCAAAGGAAAUCAUUAUCCCGGCUGGAGCUAGAUGUUGUCCUAAUCACCUACAGGGAAACAUUGGGGAUCUUCAACCCAUUUCUGAAACAACCACAGUUAACAGAACAACAAUAGCUCAAUUGGUCAAGUUUCUGAGGUCAGAAAUUCAGAGGCAAGAGAAAACAAGACUUAAUUUCAACAAUGAUGAAAGUCUCAGUGAUGCUGAAUAUGUGGACCUUAUUGGCAUUUCCAAGGACUCAUUUAAAGACUUGUUACAUUAUAUUGAAGGAAAAGUUCGGCUUACUUCAACAAGAUCCCUGAGGACAAGUUUAGCUAUAUUCCGUAUGAAAAUCAGAGGAGGGGAAUCCAAUCGAGUUCUUUCCACACUUUUCAAUGUAUCACAAUCAAGUAUUAGAAGAUGUAUAAGUUCUGUGCGAUCAGCUCUUGCAGGAAAAUUUGUGUUAGAGAAUUUGGGUUUCCAGCACAUUACAUGUUCUGAUGUCAUACAGCAUCACACAAGACAGAUUGCCCAAACUCUUUUUGGAAACAGUCCAGCUGGAAAUCAAGCAAUUUUGGUUUUGGAUGGGACAUAUAUUUAUAUAAACAAGAGUGGAAAUUUUCAUUUCCAAAGACAGUCCUUCAGCUUACAUAAGGGUCGCCCUUUAGUGAAACCCAUGAUCAUUGUGUCAACAACUGGCCACUUUAUAUCAGUGAUGGGUCCAUAUCUUGCCCGAAACAAUGACGCCAGUAUCAUCAAGCAUAUCAUGAAGUCCAACGUUGAGGACAUUCGUAACUGGGUGCAAGAGGAAGAUAUUUUUAUCAUUGAUCGUGGGUUCCGCGACUCAAUAGAUUAUCUGGAAGAACUUGGUAUCCAAGCCCAUAUGCCUUGA